CAAACAAAGUGGUAGGCGUUAACAGGAAAACUGAGACAUUAUUAGAUAAAAGAAAUGUUUGUGGAUCUUCAUUCAUUCAGAUCCCCUUUUCAUGGUAGUGAACUAGUGGGCGACAUCUCUAACAAAAAAAACACACAUAAUUUUCAAAAUUCGGUGAACUGUUAGGUGCCUGCCUCUGUUGAUUCAAAGAGACGAAGACCAAAAUGGGUGCUUUUGUUAAGCUAUUGGACUUGCUUCUUUUCGUUUACUUCUUGUUAAUCGCCAUUGUUGCACCACUCUUUGAUGGCCAAGUUGCCCUUCCUAAACAUAUAUUUCCUCCUGUAUUGGUUAACCUAAAGAGCUGGUACACUCGACAAUAUGGUGAUUAUUUGGUAUCUGAGAAACCCCAUUUCUUUGUUGGCUUAAUCUGGUUAGAGCUCCUCUUUGCUUGGCCCCUUUCCAUCCUUAGUCUUUAUGCCAUUGCAGCUGGAAAAUCUUGGAUUAAAACUACCUCCUUGAUGUAUGGUGUUUCCACUCUCACUGCAAUGGUGGCGAUACUAAGUGAAAUGAAGAAUUCUGAGAGAGCAUCAGACAAGUUGCUGAUGAUAUACUAUCCGUUUCUAGGAUUUGCUAUUUUAGCAAUUUUACGUGGUCUAAUACCUCAUUCUGGCAAGAGUCUGAGCAUUGGAAAAAGAUCCGUCAUAGGCAGGAAGAAGAGGGCUUAAUCUUUCAACUCGGAAGCUAGAAUUGAAGAGUUUGUAUUUCUUUAGGCAGUGAUACCUAGAAACCAUAUCAAGUUCCGUUAUUGGUUCCUUUGAGUUGACAUUAAGUUUUGAUGGCUUGUGCAUGAGUUUUCUCGUAAACAAUCACAAAGAGUUGUAGUUUCACAAAUGCUGACAUUGUUAGUUUUAAAUCUUGAUAUAAUUUCCUUCUCGUU